AUGAACCGCCUCUUCGGAUACGCACAACCAGCGAAACCCAAGAACGACAACGCCACCCUGCCAAAUCUGCCCUCAUCAUGGUAUCGCUCGGAAGCCAUGUACAGCCUCGAGCGCCGGGCCAUCUACUCCAAGAAAUGGGUGCUUGUCUCACAUGAAGUGCGAUUCCCCGAGCCAGGAACAUACCUGCAGCUGCAAGAAGCCGGGUUCGCAUUCUUCCUCAUUCGAGAUCGCCAGGGGAAGAUAAACGGCUUUCAUAACGUCUGUCGGCAUCGCGCGUUUCCUGUUGUGCAGGAGAAGACGGGUAAGGCGAGUAUCCUGUCAUGUCAAUAUCAUGGCUGGUCCUAUGGAUUAAACGGAAAGCUCUCAAAGGCACCUCGAUACCAGGAGCUUGAGGGGUUCGAGAAAGAGAAGAACGGGCUAUUCCCUAUCCACGUCCAUAUCGACAAGCUCGGCUUCAUCUGGGUGAACCUCGACGCCGCGGAAACCCCAACUAUACCAUGGGAAGACGACUUCGCCGGCGUGGACGAGCAACCGCGUCUUAAACCAUUUGACUUUUCGCAAUACAGGUUCGAUCAUACCUGGGAUAUGGUUGGCGACUACAACUGGAAGACAUUGGCAGAUAACUACAACGAGUGCUACCACUGCCCAACCGGGCACCCAGGGAUUGUCCAAUUUACCGAUUUGGGAAAAUACUGGGUCGAAACAAAAGCUGGGCAUAUCCAGCAUCACAACACAGACCGGCCUGAUCACGAGGGCAUGGGGAUCAUCAGUACAUUCUACUUCCCUAAUGCGUCCAUGACCGUGUCCAAGGAUUUCUUCUACAUCAUGCGGUGCGUUCCAGUUUCUGCGGCGCAAACACACAUGGAGUACGAGGUGUACCGGCACAAAGACGCUACCGAUGAAGCGUUUGACGGUAUCAACAAGAUAUUCAAGCAGGUUCUAAAGGAAGAUAAGGACUUGUGUAAUGCAGCGCAGAAGAACUUGAACGUCGGGGUAUAUGUGCAUGGGAACUUGCAUCCACAGCACGAAAAGGGUCCGUUGUUUUUCCAGAAGACUGUCAAGGAUUUGGUGGUGGGACACCAUGAGUCGGAGGAGAAACUGGGAAAGGAAAUAUGGCCUGCAGCGCCUGUCUUGGAUAUGGACAGUCGGCUGACGGAGGAGGUGGACUUUUGUCGAAAGCUUGACUGUCAGGAUAAUACUGGUGGUAAUAGUCCAUUGGCCUGGUAG